ACUCAUUGCUUCUGGCGAUAAGCAGCAGCAGCAUGAGGAAGGGAACGCAACGAGCCCUCAAGCAGGACCAGGCAUCCCCAUCGACCCCUCUCGCAUCACUCGCCUGUCAUGGCAGCCCAGGGCCUUCCUGUACUCGGGCUUUCUCUCCCACGACGAGUGCGACCACCUCAUCACCCUCGCACGUGACAAGGUGACGCGCUCAUCAGUGGCGGACAACGAGUCGGGCAAGAGUGUGUUGAGCGCGAUCCGCACGAGCUCAGGCACGUUUCUCAACAAGUAUCAGGACGACGUGGUGAAACGCAUAGAGGAGCGCAUCGCUGCUUGGACCUUCCUCCCCAAAGAGCACGGAGAAGCCAUUCAGAUUCUCAAGUACGAGAUAGGGCAGAAGUACGACGCGCACUUUGACUAUUUCUUCGAUGCAGUCAACACACAGAUGGGCGGGCACCGCGUGGCGACGGUGCUCAUGUAUCUCACCACCGUGGAGGAAGGAGGAGAGACCGUGUUCCCCAGUUCACAGCCUAGGCCUCCGAUGGACGUCACUAAGUCUGAAUGUGCGAACAGAGGCCUGGCAGUCAAGCCUCAGAAGGGCGACGCCCUGCUCUUCUAUUCUCUGCAUCCGGACGGCACCACGGACCAGUCAUCAUUGCACGCCAGCUGUCCCGUCAUCAGAGGGGAGAAGUGGUCGGCAACCAAGUGGAUCCACCCGUCCGUCAGGAUGAUCGAUGGCGCAGCGCUGCUCCCCGCGCAGGUGCUGCGCAACCUCUCCGACAAACUCUACGACAAGCGCAAGGCGGCCGCGCUCGAGAUCGAGACGGCAGUGAAGGCGGCUGUAGCAGAGGGCAACGAUGAGCGGAUCAACGCAAUAAUUUCCCUGCUGGCCAAUGAUUACGCCACGUCAGCACAGCCGAACCAGAGAAAGGGGGGUCUCAUAGGGCUGGCGGCCGUCACGGUGGGGCUGGGGCCUGACGCCAGCCAGUACCUCGAUGUACGGCUGGCGGCGGUCACGGUGGGGCUGGGACCUGACGCCAGCCAGUACCUCGACGUACGGCUGGCGGCUGUCACAGUGGGGCGGUUCCCUGACACCAGCCAGUACCUCGAUGUUCGUGUGGUGGGGGGGGGGGAGGGGAGAGAGAGGGGCGUGCGCAUCGUGCCCGAGGUGCUCAAGUCGUUUUCAGACUCCGACAGCCGGGUGCGCUACUACGCCUGUGAGGCGCUCUACAACAUCGCCAAGGUGACACGUGGCGACUUCAUAGUGUUCUUCAAUGAUGUGUUCAACGCCCUGUGCAAGCUGUCUGCUGACCUGGACCCCAACGUGCAGUCCGCCGCCCACCUGCUGGACAGGCUCGUCAAAGACAUUGUCACGGUCAGCGACCAAUUCAGCAUAGAGGAGUUCAUCCCGCUCCUGCGAGCGCACAUGAGCGUGCUCAACCCCUUCGUGCAGCAGUUCCUGGUGGGCUGGAUCACCGUGCUGGACAGCGUGCCCGACAUUGACAUGCUCGGCUUCCUGCCCGACCCCCAGGAUGGUGGCGCGUGCCCACCAUCGAUCGACAUGCUCGGCUUCCUUCCGACCCCCAGGAUGGCCGUGGAGUACGGGCGAAUGAUGGAGAUCCUGGUGCAGCGAGCGGGGUCCUCGGAUGAGUUCACUCGCCUCACUGCCGUCACAUGGCUGAUGCAUGCUCUGUGCUCUGCUGCUCUCAACCCACAUGAAGGACUUUCUUUGUUGCCCUCUGCCGCUGAUCUCAUGCAGAUCAACGACUUUGUGAAGCUGGGGGGAGCGCAGAUGAUGCCGUACUAUGCGGCUGUGGUGGGCGCCAUUCUGCCCUGCAUCGCUGACCGCGAGGAGAAGAUCGCUGCGGUGAGGCUUGCUGCUGCUGUGGUGGGCGCCAUUCUUCCGUGCAUCGCUGACCUUGAGGAGAAGAUCGCUGCGAUAGUGCGCGACACGAAUGAGGAGCAGUUCGCAAGAGUGAAGGAGCAGAGCAUGGCGGAUGGCGUCAACAUAGCGCGCGACACCAAUGAAGAGCAGCUGGCGAGGGUGAGGGAGCAGAGCGUGGCGGACUUAAAAUACAUGCCGCGCGACACAAACGAGGAGCAGCUGGCGAGGGUGAGGGAGCAGAGCGUGGCGGACGGCUUUGACGUGCGGGCAGUUGUGGAGAUAGCACGGCGGGAGCUGAGCAGCAGCUGGGAGGCAACGAGGCUGGAAGCACUCGCAUGGAUCGCCACCCUUCUGCACCGCUUCCCACACCAGGUGUGCUUCUAUGGUCGAUUCCCAAUCCAGCUCCUGGAUCUCAUGGACGAUCCCUCCACUGCCCUUCUCGAGUCCUUGCUUGCAGCGCUGGCAGACGACUCAGACCAGGUGCUCUUUCUCUGCAUGCUCUCCCUUUCUCUGCAUGCUCUCCCUUUCUCUGCGUGCUCUCCCUUUCUCUGCAUGCUCUCCCUUUCUCUGCGUGCUCUCCCUUUCUCUGCAUGCUCUCCCUUUCUCUGCGUGCUCUCCCUUUCUCUGCAUGCUCUCCCUUUCUCUGCAUGCUCUCCCUUUCUCUGCAUGCUGCAAUUACACUCCUACUGCACCCACCCUCAGCCUCAUCCUCCUUGUCGCCUCUCUCCUUUUUCCCUUCCCCCCCCUCCUCCCCACCCACCCAGGCAGGGCAGCAUCAUCAUCCGCCAUCUCUGCGCCACGCUAGACGCACACAAGGUGCUCCGGGAGCUCGCCUUCAUCCUGCAGAACGAGCGGGGCAGCAUCAUCAUCCGCCAUCUUUGCGCCAUGCUGGACGCGGAUAAAGUCUUCAGGGAGCUCGCCUUCAUUCUUCAGAACGAGUCGGACUGCGAGUUUCGCCGCCACCAUCGUGCCCACGCUCUCCCUUUCAACCUCAUUCCACUCAACCCCCUACUGCUAUCCCCUUUUUUCCUGACCAUCCCCUUCCCCCUACUCAGGCGGGGCAGCAUCAUCAUCCGCCACCUCUGCGCCAUGCUGGACGCUGAUAAAGUACUUCGAGAGCUAGCCUUCAUUCUUCAGAACGAGUCGGACUGCCAGUUCGCCGCCACCAUCGUGCCAACGCUCUCCCUCAUCCUCCUCACCGCCCCCGAGCUCGCCCCCAUCCGCUCCAAGCUCCGCCGCUCCUUCGCUGCUGCUCCUGCGCCCGCUGCCGCAUACGAGCAUGCGUGGAGCAUCGUGGAUUCUCUAGAGGAGAGCGACCUCAGCCUCAGCCUCAUGGUGCAGGUGGACAAACUAGUGCUUCUGCUUGAAACGCCUAUCUUCAGCCGAUUGAGACUGCAGCUUCUGGACCCUUCCCGCUCGCCAGCCCUCCUCAAGGCCCUCUACGGCCUACUCAUGCUGCUGCCACAG